GGCUUUUCCCGCCGCCUUUUCCCGCAGCAAGAUGCGGCCUCUACCACCACCAACGCCCGGGACCCCCGGGCCGCCCCGGCCGCCGACGCCGGUGCCGGCCGCGCCCCAUGCGCCACACCUGCCGAAGCUGUCGCGGGCGGUGUCGGUAUUGACCCCGGAGGCGCAGGAGCAGAUGAUCUCGCAGCUGCAACUGGAGGGGGCGAAGCUGGAAGAAGACCUCCAGCAGAUUCGAGCUGCCCGGAGCCGCGGUCCCGGAAGUGCCGAUGUGGAGGAUCGAGUUCGAGAAGAGAGGCUCAAUGAAAAGGGGGCAUUAAUAAACAAGCUUCAAGAAGAGUUGGGUGUGGAAAUGAGCCGAAUGGAACAAGGAGGUCAUUUGAAGGAAGAGAUCCACGCCUACGAAGCGCAACGUGCCGCUCUGAAGCUGGAGAUCCAACAGGCCAAAGCCACGCGGGACCAGGGCGAGGCGGGCUUUUUGCGUGACGAGGUGCUGAGAGCUGAGGAGCGAUGUCGGCAGUUGCAAAGCCAACUGCAACGACUGGAAGGGAACUCCUUCCUCUCCAAAGUCGAUGACCGGAAGGAGGCAAACAUGAGGAUUGCCGCAAUGGAAGCGAUGGUGCGGGGGAAGACGGCGGAGCAUCAAGGUGAGGUGGACGAACAUCUGAAAGCUCAACAAGCCCGGCUUCUGAUGGUGCAAGAGAAGCAGCGGCUUCAAUCGAGAUGUUUAGACUUGAAGCAGCGCAAUGAACAGCUGGCCAUCGAGAUCGAGGCCCAGCAUUCAGAGAUGCAGAAGGUGGAACGUGAGAUGCGCUUAAUGCGUGAGCGGCUACCUCCUGACAAUCAAGAAGCUCUGGAGAUGGCCCUCUCAGAGGUGGUCGGCAGUCAGGGUGCUGCUUUCUCUCGCCUCCAGCGCCCGGAGGGCACUGCGGUGCCCAGCGUGGAAGAGCUCCAAUCCACGGGCUCCAUGGCACGGGUCAUCGAACGCCUCGAGGGCGAGCGGGACGACCUCCGACGGCAGGUGGCAGUGUUGCGAAUGGACUUGGAGAGGGAGAGCCAAGUCUCAAAGAACUUCAAAGCACUACAGGCUCAAGAGUUGGAGGAUGCCAGAAGCAAGUCUCAGAGUCUCCUCCGGGAUCGAGAGAAAUGGUCCAGGAUUUCAGCUGCUCAUCUUCAGUCGAUCCAAGAUUUGCAGAGGCGAAUCGCAGGCUUUGAAAGCGUGACCUUGCAAGACAAGGCGCAGGAUACCCUCAGCCUUGCGGGCUUUUCCGACGUCUCUGACUUGGAUGACUCUUCUAACGCCUUGGACGUCUUCGUGGGUGUGGGCGAGAUCGACUUGGUGGCUGCCCAGCGCCUUCAGGAGGAGCUCAACCGCUGGGUCUCCGAGGUGGCACAACCACCGCCGCUGCCCUGCCUGGCUGAGGAGCUGCGCACGUUGGUGGCGGUGGAGUUCAACGGCUUUGACCUGGGCUUCAGUGCGGUGGCGGUGGGGCUGAAUCCAGUCUACGACUCCUUAGUGACCUUCGGGCCGUUCCAAGUGAAUGAUCAGAUCCUGGAGCAGAUGGAGGGGCACCUGAGGGUGGAGGUCCAUGGGUCACUGCCAGGCAGUGAAACGCAACGCUUGUUGGGCCUGGGAGUCUUGCCGAUGGCGAACCUGCUGCACUACGGCAUGCAGGAUACACGAAAUCCAGUGGGGGGUGGCGUCGUGGCCAUCAAGGAUCCCAAUGAUGAAGACAUCUUGGUUGCCAAGCUUCGGAUCAAGUUGCGCAUGCGCUAUUCCAUGGAGGAGCUGGCCGAGGAUUUCAUCACCAGGGCGCGGGUACGCCAACAAGAUCGCGGGGGAAAAAGCACCAAGACUGACAGGCGCAAGUCACUCAAGUAGUUGCUCAGGUUGCUUCAAAACAAUCGCUUCGGAACGAAUUUAAGUCACCAUCCAGCGGUUCGUGUCCUUCGCCUUAGGAAUCCAGAUGCAUGCUCCUGUAAACUCACGGUGCGCUACCCCAAUACAAACGAUGACGAGAGCGUGUACGUUUCUUGCUCUGC